GAACUUUCUCCUCCUCUUCCUUCCAGCCAGCACAACUUGUGGAGCUCCACGCAUAAAAGACGAACCCCAACAACUCCUGGAUCCAGCUUUCAUUCACCUUUUCCAGAGUCCUUUUAAGUCUUCACCCGCUCGAUACACUUCCUCUUCUGAAGGCAAAAGGAGGGGGGAUAUACGGUUUCUCUCCGACAAUGGAAACUCAAUCAGGAAAUGGAGAAGGGGUGGCGUGCUCAGCGUCCUCAAGCAUCCACUCCCCAGGUCACCGCGGGCCACAGGUAGAAGCAUCAGAAGAUCCGGUGCUCAAAGAGGACCUGCAAGCGGCUAAGAGGAUUGAGAGGUUUGACAUCCCGCUUGACAGUCUGAAGAGGAUGUUUGAGAAGUCAAGCGAGCUGACAAGCGUCCAUGCAUCACCAUCCAAGCGAGUGACAUCCAGAAAUCUUACCUUGCCUGAUCAAGCAAAAGAAAAAACAAUGGCCUUAUCUCAGGAUGACACUUUUUGCACAGAAAAAGAGCUCAUCCAGGAGAGCCCGACCCCUGAUGCUGAUGACCGUGAGGCCAGCGAGUCUGUGUCUCUGAAAGAGCGUCUGGCCAUGUAUCAGGCUGCGGUGUCUCACAAAGAAAGCGGCACUUCCUGUUCUGCAGCGAUAAUGGACGAAUCAGAGGCCUGUUCACUACCUGGUGGUCUGGCCAGUGUGAAGAAACAGUUUGAGAAGCAGGAGUUUGCCUCCUCAUCCUCCCAGUCCAGCAGCACCCAAGUCCAUUUUCAGCAAAGAUCAGUCCAGGAGGUGUCCCAUUCCUCAGAGGUGACGGUGAGAAGCAGUGUCAGAGAGGUCGCCCCCUCCACAGCCGUCUUUCACAAUCUGGAAGGGGUGAUUCAUCACGAGCGAGCGCACCACAACAAUGUGACCACCAUUCAAGGAAACCAUCACAAUGAAACAGUUAUGCUCGCCGGAGGAGAGGACCUACCGAAGGUUUCCACACAGGCUUUGAAGCAGCAGUAUGAGAAAACCAUUGAGGAAGCUACACCGGCCAAUGAAAUUAAGGUCGAUGUGGAUUUUAACCAGUUUCAGUGGACGCCAGUAAGCAAGUUAACCAAAACGUCAGCUAUCACCAGCCACGAGUCCUCCUCUCGAAAGACCACCGCCUCAUCAACGGUUUCAUCAGCAGCUCAUGAAACAACAAGUGAAUAUUUCCCUCCUCCUCCUCCUCCGAUGAAUCUCCUGGAGGUACAGCAGCAGGCCUCCGAGGGCGGGUCCCAACAUAAAACCACCGUUAACAGGGAGCAGUACUUCAAACAGAAGAGCAUGGCUGAACUCAAGCGCCUCUACAAGCACAUUCAUCCGGAAGUCCGCAAGAACCUGGAGGACGACUACCUCGGUCAGAUUACUGAGGCAGAGCAGGCCUUCUCGGAAAAUCAGGAAGUGGUGGGGGAUGUUCAGCAGGCGUGCUAUAUGUUUGAAAACGAGGGCUCGAGUAGGAGCACAAGUCCAGAUCGAGAAUCUGUAGAGUGGGAUGAGAUCCUCAAAGGAGAAGUGGAAUCCAGGCGUUGGAUGUUUGAAAACAAGCCGCUGGAUACGAUUAAAGAUGACAGUCCCAAUGAGAACCAGGCUAAUAAUAUUGCACAGCAGGAGAUCAUUGCUGGUAAGGAUGUUAGAUACACAGCAUGGAUGUUCGAGACUCAACCAAUGGAUGCUCUCGGGAGUGAGACACAGGAUUCUUCUGAGCAGACACAAAAAAUGACUGAUCUUGCAAGAGGUGACGUCCGUACGGCGACUUGGCUCUUUGAGACGCAGCCACUCGACUAUCUGAAUAAGAUCUACCAAGACGAUGAACAUGAUGCUGAAGCUGUUAGCACAAAAGACAUCACCGGAGGAGAUGUAAAAACCGCAAGGUAUCUCUUUGAGACCCAGCAUCUUGAUUCCCUGGGCAAAACCGAAACCAUCGAGGAGAGUCAUUUUCUGAGCCUGAAGUCCGAGCUAGAAGAGUUUAAAGGGGACGUGAAGACGACCACACGCAAAUUUGAGACUUUACCCAUGUGUGUCAUCAGAGGGGAUUCUGGAGAGAUGCUGGAGAUCACUACCAUUCGCAGGGAGGAGACCGAGAAAGGUGAUGUCAAGACAUCACGCUGGAUGUUUGAAACCCAGCCCUUGGAUACCAUUAAUAAAGACCUUGCUAACAUAAAGCUGAUAUGCGGUAUUUCCAUGGAGGACAACUUUCAAGGCGGAGUCAACAAAGGGAAAUGGCUUUUCGAAACAAAGACUCUGGACACCAUCAAAGACGAGGAAUGGGAGAGUUCCAGGAACCAAAAGGAAGAGAUCAUCGGAGCUGAUGUAAGGAAACACUGUCUGGUUUUUGAAACUCAGCCCAUGGAUCUGCUGAAGGAUAACACCAACGCUAGACCUCUUCCCUCUGAGGAGAUUGUCGGAGGUGAUGUACGCUCGGCAAAACACCUGUUUGAAACCGUGCCCAUGGAACAUCUCAAAGAACUGAUGGAAGUGGGAAAACUUCCAAAAAUGAUGGCAACCGAAGAAGAGAAAGGUGAUGUGAGACAUCAAAAGUGGGUCUUUGAAAGCCAGCCUUUGGAGAGCAUAAGAGAAGAGAAGAAAGAAAUUCUGAGAACUGUGAACAUUGAAGCUCUGGAUCGAGGAGAUGUGACAAAUUAUAAGGAAAAGUUCGAAUGUAUGGAUUUAAGUAAAUGUGAAGCGGCACAGAAAAUUCAAGUUGAGGGUGUCACGAGUGGCUCCGUGGAAUCCAACAGAGUUCUUUUUGAAUCCAACCCUCUGUACGCCAUGCAGGACAGCUCUGGCCACUACCACCAGGUGAAGACUGUAACUCGAGAGGAGAUCGUCAAGGGAGACGUGCGCAGUUGCAGAUGGAUGUUUGAAACACGACCUAUCGAUGAGUUCGAUGACAGCAUCAGAAAGUUUCAGCUCAUCAAAGGCAUCUCCAAGCAAGAGAUCGAAUCCGGGGAUGUCAAGACGGCCAAAUGGUUGUUUGAAACCCAACAACUUGAUGCCAUUAAACAUGUUGACAUUGAAGAAAAGGAGAGCAAAGAGGAGACCGAAAUUGAGAGAGGAGAUGUUAAGACCUGCAGGUGGCUCUUCGAGACGCAGCCGAUGGAUGUUCUCUAUGAGAAGGUGGAGAAAACUGAGGCAAAUGUUCAGGAGGUGCAGAAAGGUGAUGUGAAAACCUGCACUUGGCUCUUUGAGACUCAGAGUCUUGACAACAUACGUGACCACACCGAGUUAGAGUCCGAGACCGUUUUGAAAACCUGCACUGUCAAUCAAGACGAUAUCCAAGGAAAAGACGUGCGGCUGGCCCGCUUCCUGUUUGAGACAGAAAAUCUGGAAAACAUCACUGGCGAGGACAGCGGUUCUUUCAGGAGAGUCACGGAGAUUGACGUUCAAUCAGGUGAUGUUUCCAAAAUGAAGUACAUUUUUGAGAACCGCUCAUCAGACAUUAUGACGUCCACCUCGGAGGAAACCAUGCAGCGGCUAAAGAUGGAGCAAGCCGAGGACAUCCAGAAAGGCAACGUCGUCAACUGCACCUGGAUGUUUGAGAAUCACCCGAUUGAUGCCAUCCGUGAGGAAUCCAAAGAGGAGAGAGAAAUUCGUACGGUCACAGACGUCCAAGGCGGAAACGUUGACAACGGCCGUUUUAUUUUUGAAACAUUCUCUCUCGAUCAAAUCAAGGAUGAAACCACGGAAUCUGACAUUACAAAACUCACAAGCAUCUUCAGAGAGGAAGUGGAAAAGGGAGAUGUUAAAAACUACACCAUGAUGUUUGAGACUCAACCCCUCUACGCUAUUCGGGACAAAGAAGGCCAUUACCACGAAGUCACCACAGUCACCAAGGAGGAGAUCAUGAGAGGAGAUGUGGUGGGAGCCAGAUGGCUCUUUGAGACUAAACCUCUGGAUUCUAUACGAGACUCGGAGGAAGUUUACGUGAUAAAAGCUGUUACUGAAGAAGGCAUCAACAAAGGGGAUGUCAGCUCCGCCCGAUGGAGGUUCGAAACACAACCUCUGGAUGAAAUCACAGAGGACAUCAAAAUAAAAGUAAAAACAGUUGCAGACGUCCGAGGAGGUGACGUGAAGACAAACAAGCACAUGUUCGAAACGGAUGAGAUGUCGCAAAAAUACAUCAGAACGGUCAGUGUCAGUGAGAUCCAAAAGGGGGACGUCAGAUCGGCUACGUGGAUGUUCGAAACCCGUGCCAUUGAUGAGAUUGGCGGUGAAGGAGCGGAGUAUGAUGGUAUGGAGAAAGUGACAAAAGAGGAAGUCAUGAAAGGGGAUGUCAAGCAGUCGGUUUGGCUUUUUGAGAAGCAGCCUCUUGACAGCAUCAAAGAUACAGAUAGCGCGGAGCUGCUGGUCGAAAAGGAGGAAAUCCCACAGGGUGAUGUAAAAACAACAACAUGGCUCUUUGAAACAACGCCUUUCCACGCAUUCAACGAGAGCAGCGUGGAACAAAAAGAUAUCGUGGGUAAAAGCAUUAAAGAUACACUUGAGGAACUCUACAGUCAGAAAAUGGUCAACUCACAAGGUGUCCUCAUUGAGGCAGAUGAAAUCGGCGAUGUUCGCAUGGCCAAGUACAACCUCAUGAACCAAAAGACCCCUGAAAUCCAAAAAGAAGAAAUUAUUCACGGGGACCUGAGCAACAUCAUGAUGAACCUCCUGAAUCGCAGAGAAACCACAGAGAGGGCGAUCGUUGUGGACAAGGAAGAGCGGGGCAACAUCAACACCACAGUAGAGCAGCUCUUCAACCAAAAGAAGGAUAGCAACGUUGAAAAAGAGGAAAUCCUCCGUGGGGACAUUCAGGAAGCCAUAAAUAGCCUGCUUCGGAAUGAGAGUUCUUCCAAACGCGGCAUUCUGAUUCAGGAGGAUGAGAAAGGAGACGUGAGGAUGACAAUCUAUUCCUUAUUGAAUAAAGAGGAACGAGCCGGCAUGGAGAAAGAUAUCAUCCAAGGCAAUGUUAGCAAAACUCUUCAUCGCCUACUUUCCAACUCGGGGACAGAAGACUCGAAAAGGAUCAGGGUAGGAGACACCGAACGGGGCAAUGUUAGCUUCUACUCCACGUGCAUUGAGUCUGGAGCCUUGGAGUACUUGAAGCAGCUUCAGUGUGAAACAGACGAGACGGUUCAAGCAGUGGAAAAGGAGCGUAUCAUUGGUGGGGAUAUUGAGGAAACCAAAAUCCUGCUUCGGAAGAAUCAACAGGAGAUAGGCCGCACAGUAGCAAAAGACGAUAUAGUUCCCGGUGAUGUUUGCAGCAUCGUUGAAGUCUUCAUGACGGAGCCCGCUGUUACUUUCCGAAACCUACAGAAUCAGGAUAUUGUUAAAGGUGACCUUAAUGCGGCCUUGGAUUCACUGAGCCAAGCCAUCAAUCAGAAAGUAGUGAUAGAGAAAGAGGAGGUGGUGAAAGGAGACAUACCCACCACUUUGAGGUCUCUGGAGGAGGCUCAGUAUCAAUCCAAAGAAAUGGAAAAGCCACAAAUCAUCCGCGGAGACAUUAAAGGUGCUCUUGAGUCAUUGGAGAAGUCUGCAACCGUGAAAACGGAAGUGACUGUUGAAGAUUUAGUCCCAGGUGAUAUCAGAGGAACACUGAAGUCCCUUGAGGAGGCCAAACGAGCGGUGAAGGAAGUUGAACGAGAGGAGAUUGUCAAAGGAGACAUUCACAGCGCCAUGCAAUGUCUCCACGAGGCGUCCAGUGACAAAAAAACAUACCAGCAUCAAGUGAGUGAACAAGGGAACGUUAAAGGCACCAUCCAGCUCCUCCUGGAGCCCACAACGAGCCCAAGGAUGCAGCGGCGGGGGAGCAUUGAAGGAGACGUGAAAACAUCCAUAAAAUCGCUGUACGAAGGACAGGAGUCAACAUCUGUGGAAAAAGAAGAAGUCGUUAAAGGGGAUGUUCAAGGGGCGAUAAAGUGCCUCAUGCAAAAAAAACAUUAUUCAAAGCCAAAACGCAUCCAUUCUCCCAAGAAAGCAAAGGCGCCGCAGAAAAAUCCAUUAACUGUAAAUCAAGUGGAGCAUGAGCGUUUGCGUGAAGAAAAGGGAGCUAGCAUAACAGGCGAUUCAGACAGGGCUGUAAAAAAUGGCUGUGAGUCACAGAAGCACAAUGAAAGCAAACUGGUGAAAACACAGGUGAUUACCAACGACACCUGUGUGGCUGGAACCAAAACAGAAAAUACCGCCGAGGUCUCUCAACAAAAGAGCAUAAAAGACGAAAAUCCCAGAGUGCUCCCCCCACAGAAAACACAAUCCCUUAAGCCCAUUAUGAUCACGACUAAACAAACAGCCAAUUACCAGCAAGCAAAAUCUAAAUCCGCUGAUGUGAAUGCAAUUAAAGAGGCACACAACUCAUCGCAGACAAAUACAUCAAACAAACAAAUACGCCAAACGCAAACAGUCAAACAAUUACAGACAACGGUUGUGCAGAAAACGGUCUCUCACAAAGAAAAUGUCACAAUAUCCGAACAGAAUUCCACAUCUACAAAUCAAAAUCAAAGCCUAAAAAAUAUAAAGACUGACUCUCGGAACCUUGACAUGAUGGCGCGGGGCGCAAUCAAAAAGGGGAAAGCUGUACUUCACUUCCCUCCACCUCCUUCAUCACCACCUCCUUCCUCCGAGUCGGAGCUUUCCCUCCCUCCACCGCCAUCUCCCAUUUUGGAAAGCCCGGCACCAUUGUCGUCGCGACCUUCCACUGUGACACAGGAGGGUGACCUCCCACUACCGCCACCACCGCCUUUGGAGCCUGAAUUUUUCCCUCCUCCUCCACCACCACCAUCGUCUUGGUCUGGACAAGAUUUCCUUCCUCCACCGCCUUCCCAGGAAGAACUCAGUGCAAUUCCGCAACCUCGUCCCGCAAACCCAGGAAAACCCAUUGGCAAGUCUUUGUUUAAAAUUCCCAAACAACAAGAAGCACCGAAACCUGUACCGAUUAAACCUAAAUGGCAAAAAACCCAACAGAAUCCUCUGCAGCGACCCACUCAGCUCCAUCUUGACCAAGAAACAACAACAACAUCAGCCGCAACAACACAGAAAACCCAGCAUAUUGAAGUAGACACUCAUAUUCAAACGGACACAAAACUCCAAAGUCUGUCUUCUGCUGCACUCAUGAAAGAAAGUCCACAGCCGCCCAAAAAAAUAUUCCCCCCACCCAUUAAGUUGCCUCCACCACCCGAACCUGCUCCCGAGCCAAAGCCAAGGCCGUAUGCUCGCAAAUUUAAAACUCCUUUAAUGCUCGCAGAAGAGAAAUACCGUCAGCAGAGAAUGGAAAAAGAAGAAACAGAGAGAAGUACAGUCACAACUCCCACAUCGCCUCCAGUAAAUACACAAACCCCCUCCAAUAUUGACAGUGUGCAGCUUUCUGCAUCAAGUAGGACCGAAAAAAUCGAGACCACAGAAGCGACAAAAGGAAAUGCGCACAUUUCCAAAGAAGAAACAUCAGCACAACACAUCCCCACCAAGAAAAUCCCAUCUCAGAUUCCUGCCAGCAAGCCAUUGAUUUCAGUGGUAAAUAGAAAUGUUGGUUUGGGAUCUUCCAAUAUUUCCUUGGAUAAACAACAAAAAGUCAGCACAAAGGAUCAGGCAGCACCGACGCUUAAGAGUCAGCCUUUUUCUAUUGAACACAAACCCUCCAAUGUAGACGUCCAGUCUAAUGUUGCCACCUCUUCAGUCGCGGAGCAGCAACGGUUUAUUAAGCAGUCCAGGGUCAGUACCGUCUCUGUCACACAGAGUGCUGCAUUCAAAGAAAAUACAAAUGUCCAACUUCAGGCUGCAGCCUCACUGAGAACCGAGGAUGUGAAAAACAUUGACGAAGGCAAAAUCCCCCCGUCUCAACCCACUAAAAUUCCAAAGGUAACUCCCAGUUUCAAGGUCAGAACCUUUAAGAUGCCACCAGAGAAACAUGACAUGUCAGGCCAAAUGGAGGCAAUGAAAAGUGAACUCCACACGAGUAAUGUGUCACAGAGGAGUGAAACAAAAGUGACCCAAGAAAGCAGCCAGGUGACAUCAUCCACAACAGAGGUUAAAGUAACAGAGAUACAAAAGAAAGUCCCCAUAAAGGAAGAAACUCACACAAAAAGUGGAAAGGUUGCACCAAUGAAUGAAGCCAAAGAAAGCCCUGCACCACCAGUAACCGUUUUAAUGCCUAAAAAGCCUAAGAUAACAUCUCCAGCAGCAUCUGCAUCCCAUAUUCAGCAGAGCAAAAUCCAAAGACAACAGGAUGUGAUAAUGACAGAAAGGGUUCUUCAGCGUGAAGCCGCACAUCAAAAGCAAGUUCAGCAUCAAACAGUAGAAACGAAUAAAAUGCAGACCGCAUCGGGGAAGUCAAAGAGCGUAUCCACCGAAAAGGAGACCCAUUCAGAGGACGUCCAACAAUCGGAUAAAUGCCAGUACAUGAAGAUGCUGCUCACUCAAUUGGAAGAACUUGAAGGUACAUCAAGCAAGAUCGACUCCGCUACUGUCAGCACGAUUCUUAGUGGUAUACCAGACUGGUUAGUCGGUUCGGAUGAGAAAAAGAAUUUAAGCGGAGUGGCUAAACAGUCAAAUAAGAAAAAGUUGAAAGAGAUGCUGGUUUAUUUGAAGAACAUUAUUCAAAUUAAGCACAAAAAUCUGAAGGAGAAGCUGACAACCGUGGAAGUAACAGAAAAGGAAGUAGUGCCAGCACCUCCCAAAGUUCCCCCAAAACCAGACAAGAAGGUUUACAGCGGUGUGACUACAAAUAUAUCAAAAAUUAGCAUGGGUUCAUCCAAAACGGAAAAGAAGAAGUCUGAAGAAAACAAGUCGCUCCAAGAGAGAAAAGUUCAUGAAGCAGCAGAUCAGAGAGUUCACUCCCCACUGGCUAGCAUCCGCACCCCCUCCCCCACCUUCAUUAGUAUUGAAUCUAGGAGGAUAGAGUCACCGCUCAGAGGCACCCCGUCGCCACCGCCUUAUAAGUCUAUCGGGACGCCGCCGCUUGCGCCUCGUAAGCAGUACACGACCACGUCCACCUUCAGGGCCACGCCAUCUCCCACCAUGAGCCGCUCGGAAAAGCUCAUGAAACUGAAAGAGACUACCUCAAAGCUUUCUCGCAACAUCACGCCUCCACCUCCUGUGGUGGCGCCGGAGUUGGUUGCAACUUCUGAAGCGGUGUCUUCAUCUACUGGACUAGGCGCUCCAGUGAAGAACCAACUUGUGGAUACAGCAGAAACAGGCGACUCCAUGAUGACAGUCAAAGACAAAAAGUAUUUCUUUGAGGAGGCGCAGAAAGCAGAAGUGAACAAGUUAUACCUUCGAAAGGAUCCCAUUGAUAUCCCUGAACGACUUGAAGCUGAUACUGAGGAGGGUGCAGAUAUUUUGAUUCCAGAUAUCCCAAAAGAGGACCUUCCAAGAGUCGACAUGACUAAACUGGUAAACAGAUUUGAAUCUCCACAACCGAAAGUCUACACCAGGAAAGAACCAAUUGUCAUCACUGAGAGACUGGAGAGCGAUAGUGAGGACGUAGAGGCCGACCUACACACGCCGCGAACAGAAGAACAUCCCACGUUCAACGUCAAAGCCAUAAAGAACGUGUUCGAAAGUGGCGAGCACAGUUCUCAGGCAGCCCGAGAUCUACGAGAACAAAUUGAGAAAAGAGAACCGGACUUCCCUCGUGUUACAGUAGUGGGACAGUCUGAAUUGACGUCAGUCACUGAGCGGUUGUGCAGCAUUGAUGACUUUGGGAACAUGAUGAGCAGUGAGGUGCAUUCUGGGAGCUCUGUGACACGCGGCAACCCUCCGUCCUACGCUGAUGUGGUGAGAGGCAGAGUUCCAACUGUUGCCGUGCCCCCUGAAGCGUCCACCGAGGAGCUGCUGAGAAACUUUCAACAGUCUUGGGCCGAGAGCCAAGGGACCUUCCAGAAUGUGGGCUUCAGUGUCAUGGAACACAGAAGUUCACAGAUUGUCACUCGCCAACAAGAGACUGUCAUGAUGGAAGAUUCGAGUUCCAGACACCGAACUGUGCAGAGUGUGUCGGAAGAGGGUGUACCCCAUGGAAUCUCUGAUUGCAGACAAGCAAAACUUCCAUAAAAGCUGUUUUCGCUGCGAACACUGUAGAGGCAAACUGAGUCUUGGCAACUAUGCCUCUCUCCAUGGACGGAUGUACUGCACGCCACACUACAAGCAACUGUUUAAGUCGAAAGGAAAUUACGACGAUGGCUUCGGACAAAAACCACAUAAAGAACAAUGGAGCAAUAAAAACCAAAAGGAUUCAGCU